AUGGAGAAGCUGCACGACCCCGCUUGUAAGGCGUGCGCCGAGAAACCAGAGCUCACCCGGCGGUACAACGAGGGGUACAAUGCAUGUGACCCGAACGGUUGGGGCGCCACGCGCUGCUGCAAGAACCUCUUCCACUACCGCUGCCUGCACGCUUGGCUGAGCGACGAUAGUGACGUCGAGACGAGCCACGGGAUGGAGCCGAUCAACACGGCCUGCCCUUGCUGCCGAGGCUUUGUUCCGAAGUCGGUGUCACGCAUGUUGGGAUAG